CUAUCUUGCGCCUGAUUCGCGGUUAUCUUCUGACGUUAUCAGACAUUUGUGUGACAUUUUCCUCUUGUCGAUAAAACGUGUGUUUGGUCCGACAAGAGGUCACUCCUGUGCCGACUCACGGGCGAGUCAAGUGGACUGCACUCAUCAUGAAAGCGGCACUCCUCUGUCUGCUGGCCGCGACCAGCACCUACGCCUACUCCGUUAGCCGUCAGGACCCGGAGACGCUAUGCCUCAACCAGGAGAACUUCCUUCGCAUCGCGCGGGACGAUUCCUGCACUGACUACUAUCAGUGCUACACGGGACGAGCUUACUUGAUGCAGUGUCCUGAGGGGACCUGGUUUAAUGAGGAUGAACAGAUCUGCGACUGGUCUGAAGCCCCGGCGAGAUGUGUCCAGCCAGAACCGGAGCCAGAACCAGAACCGGAACCAGAACCUGAGCCUGAGCCAGAACCUGAGCCUGAGCCAGAACCUGAGCAAGAGCCUGAGCCAGAAACGGAAACUGACCCUGAGCCUGAGGGAGAAACUGAGCCAGAAGCAGAACAAGAACCGCAACCUGAGCUAGAGCCAGUUCAAGAAACAGUAGCAGCAGACGAAGAAGGGUCAGGUGAUUGGGAAGACAAGGAACUGAUCGUGAAAUUCAACAUUCGUCAAGAGCAGGAAGUCGAAGCGGAGAGUGAAACUGAAGAGCCUGAAAUUGCAAUUCCAGCGAGAUUCAAGCGGCUUUUGCGUAUGGCACAUGAUGACGAGGACGAAGAUGAGGAACCUCACGAUCAUGAGCAUAGUCAUGAUCAUGACCAUGAACACAGCCAUGACCAUGGAGAUGGCCACGAUCAUGAGCACAGUCAUGAUCAUGAUCACUCACACGAACAUGAAAGACAAGAAGAAAAUGAGGAAAGUGUGACAGAAGAAGUAGAACCACUUGAAAGACAAGACGAGGAAGGUGUGACUGAGGAAUCAGAAACUCUUGAAAGACAAGACGAGGCAGAUGGUGUUACUGAAGCCACUGAGGAAGACAACGUUACUGAAAUUCCUGAGAGGUUUAUGAGGCGAAUGGCACAUGACGAUGAGGAAAGCAAACAUGAGCAUACUCAUGAGCAUGAUCAUGACCAUAGCCAUGAUGACCAUGAUCACGAACACAGCCACGAUCACGACCAUCAUGAUCACGACCAUCAUGACCAUGACCACGACCAUCAUGACCACGACCAUCACGAUCACGAUCAUCACGACCACGACCACGACCAUCACGACCACGACCACAGCCACGACCAUGAUCACACACACGAAGAAAAAAGCCAAGAAGAAAAUGAAGACAGCGUAACAGAAGAUCCAGAGCUUCAGCGUCAAGAAGAUGAAGAAGCAGAUGGAACUACUGAAGCGAUCGAAGGAAUCGAGCGUCAGGAUGAGGGAGAAGAAGAAGAUGAUGUAACUGAAAUUCCUGAGAGAUUCAAGAGGCUGUUGCGCAUGGCUCAUGAUGAUGAGGAAGAUGAGCAUGAACAUACCCAUGAUCACGAUCAUGACCAUAGUCAUGAUGAUCAUCACCACGAUCAUGAUAACCAUGAGCAUCAUGACCACGACCACAGCCACGAACACGACCACUCACACGAAGUCAAAAGUCAAGAAGAGAACGAAGAUUCUGUGACAGAAGAACCAGAAAAUCUGGAAAGGCAAGACGAAGAGUCAGACGGUGUCACCGAAUCACCAGAAGACAUUUUAAGACAAGAUGAAAAUGAAGGAGUGACAGAUGAACCAGAAAGUGUUCUGAGGCAAGAAGACGAAGGCGUUACUGAAGCUAUCGAGGAAUUAGAGCGACAGAAUGAUGAAGAUGGAGUUACUGAGGAUCCGGAAGAGGUUUUACGCCAAGAGGAAGUCACUGAAGAACCAGAAAGUGAAGAAAAAAUCCCAGAGGUAAUUAACGAAGACGUCGCAGCCAGGAUUAAGAAACUGUUCAAAAAGCUUUUCAGAAUCAACGCUUGAGCGACAGCGGUUCAAAUGCAUUUUCUAACAAAAAUGCCAAUUUGAAAAUGCGCUGAUUGAGUGGUAAUUCUAGUAAUUUUAAGUUAAUUUAUUGAAACAUCUUCUCGUGCAAUUUUGUAAAUAUAGAUAGGAAAUAAAUUAAGUUAGUAAGA